AUGGUUCGACAUUAUAAAAACAGUUUAAUUUAUUCAAACAAGUCAAUAGUAUGGCAAAUAUGGAUGUUAAUUGGCAUUAUAAUAAUAUAUGGAUUAGUAAAUGUUAAUGCUGAGCAAAAGUGUUGCUAUAGCACAAAAUCGGCGUUACAAACCGGCCCAAAUCUUUAUCAACUAAAUGUAACGGCAUCACACGUAGAUUCAAGAAAGGGUAACAACGUAUAUGUGACAGCAAUAUCAUUUCCAAAAGGAUAUCUCAUAACGGCACCACCAUUUUCACCAUUUAGUAAAGUAGUUUGUACACAGGCGCAGCCAUCGGGAACGGGAACGAGAACGGAAGAACUGACGCAAUAUGAAUGUGAUUCAAGAGAUCGAGCAACCUUUUUCGUUGUAUUCGAUUUAUCAAUACAACCCGUACCACAAACAAAUUCAACCAUAGCACCAGCAUCUGUAUUUAUAUUCGGUGACAAAUGUCAAAAUGUAGCGUUUUGUACCGAUUUAGCGGAAAAGAAAGAGUCUGAAAAUUCUGACAAGAUUUCGCUCGGUCCCCUUGGUACAUGGCCAAAGUAUGCCAUUGUGAUUGGUGGGGUGGUAUUGGGCAUAUCAUUGUUGGCCGCUUGUUAUCUAGUUUAUAAGAGAAAUAGACCUGGUGAUAGGUAUAGAGAUACAACAAUUACCCCCAGUCCUAAUCAUUACGAUGAUAAGGAUCAAAAUCGUGCCUUAUUCGUUCCCAAUUCAUUAUUAAGAUCUGAUGAAGGUGAUACACCACCACCUUCCAUUGAACCUCCAAAGAAUACUUUAAUUAAAUUUGGUAGCGUGACUGCUCAUUCUCCUGAAAGGUCAAAUGGUGCUCGGAUUAUGCAUUUGCCUAAUCAACAAUCUUCCUCCUUAACGAAAUCUUCUACUACUAAAAUGAAAAAAGAUAAGAGGGAUAAGAAGGAUAAAAAUCAUCAGGAGAUUCAUAUUUAUGAUAAUGCAAAAUCGGAUGAUGGAAUUAAUGGUGAUGAUAAAUUCGCCUUACCUAUGCCCGUAUCAACCGUUAUUAUUGAUAUGCCUUCUCAUAUUGCUCAUAGCGGACGUCGUAGUUUGGAUAAGUCAUCUUCAAUUUACCAUAAAACUCGGAAAAGUGGCGAUAAUAAUACCCUUUCAACGCAUAGAAUAUCUGAUUAUUCGACCUCUGAUAUGUCAAAAACAAUUUCAAAUAAUGAUGAAUCGGAAGAUGAAACAAGUGAUGACAACAAGAAUUUUUAUUCAUCGAAACGUUCAAGUUCAACUUCAGUUAAUCAUAAAAAAUCGAGAUCAAAACCACGUAAUGGUGAGCAUGAUUCACGGAGAGAAAGAAAAUUAUCUAAUAAUCAUAAUAGCGCAUCACACAGAAGGGGUGGUGAAGAAGAUCGCGAAGGUCGCAGAAUUGAUCGUGGUCCAUCAAAAAGACAUCGUUCACGUUCUUCUCCUCCUCCUCCUGCAUCGAAAACGACCGAUUUACAUAGAGGUUCAUCCACUAGAGCGAGACAAACCGAUCGUGAACGAGAUCGUGGGGAUCAUCGUGAAGAAAAGCAUUCAAAUAAUGAUUCAAUAAGUAAAAACAAGGGAUCCUCCGUGGGCGUUCAUCGCUCAAAGACUACACCAUCAAACCAAACACACCAAAGUGACAGGGGCGCGGGAAAGAGGAAUAAAAAUUCAACACCACUUGCUAAUUUAAAUAGAAGUAGCAGUAGCAGGCAUAAACCAAUUGACUUGAUUUCCCAUGCAGAUACGGAAUCAACCACUUCCUCCUCGGAUGUUCCAUUGGGUGAUAGGUUACCCUUGGCCAUGUUGGCAAAGUUACCACCAUCAGGCCAAUCAAAUUCUUGGAAACCUACCGAACUUAAUGUCAUUAAUUAUGAGGACGACGAUACAACUCCUUUAGGUCGAAUUAGCUCCAGUAAAACCGAUUCGUUUUGUGCGGCAUCAACUUCUUCGCACACUCGUCUGUUAUCUACUGAUAAAUCAUUAUCGGAAAAGGUUGAAUAUGGUAUGGAUGAUAAAUAUGAGUCGGUGUUGGAUGAAGUACUUGGCAUAGCUGACUAUUUAAAUUCCGAAAAAGGAAGUAGCUAUAAAGGUUCCGAAGAUAAUUACCCUAUUGGUAAAACGUUCUUACAACGAAAAGAAAAGUGA